AUGACUUUUUUACUCCGUCGCUCUGUUACUGUGGGAGCUCGCGCUAUCAGUGCUCCUCACAGCCAACUAAACUUUCACCGUAGUGGAUACGCUACCCUUUCAACUGCCUCGCCCUACUUUAACAAUGAGUCGAGUGGACCAUCCGUGACGACUUCAAUCCCUGGCCCUGUAUCAAAGAAGGCAAUUGAUGAGCUAGACUCUGUUUUUGAUACAAGAAGCUUAAACAUGAUUUGCGAUUACGAGAAGAGUGUGGGGAAUUAUAUCGCGGAUUUGGACGGUAAUAUGUUGUUGGACGUGUACUCCCAGAUUGCGUCUAUUCCGGUUGGCUACAACAACCCGCACCUUCACGCCACUGCCUCUUCUCCAGAGUCGAUCAAUUUCAUAAUUAAUCGCCCAGCGCUCGGUAACUUCCCGCCUGGGAAUUGGGCUUCCAUCUUGAAAAGUGGAAUCCUUUCGGUUGCCCCUAAAGGCUUAAAUCAGGUCUUUACUGGUAUGGCUGGAUCAGAUGCCAUCGAGACAUCGUAUAAGGCUGCAUUUAUGUACAGACGCCGCAUCGAGCGUGGUGAAGGUGUAGAUUUUACUUCUCAGGAGAUUGAGAGUGCAAUGAAGAAUCAAUCUCCCGGAUCCCCAGAUCUUGCAAUUAUGAGCUUUAAGAAAGCAUUCCACGGAAGGCUUUUCGGAAGUUUAAGUACUACUAGGAGCAAACCAAUACACAAGCUCGAUAUUCCCGCGUUCGAUUGGCCGCAGGCUUCUUUCCCGGUGUUGAAAUACCCGUUAGAAGACAAUGUUGAGGCAAACAAGGAGGAGGAGCAGCGCUGUCUUGCAGAGGUCGAGGACAUCAUAAAGACCUGGCGUUGUCCAAUCGCGGCAGUUGUUAUCGAACCCAUCCAAUCCGAGGGGGGUGACAACCAUGCAUCGCCGGUAUUCUUUCAGGGUCUCCGGGACAUCACCAAGAGACAUGGUGUUCUUUUUAUUGUUGAUGAGGUCCAGACAGGUGUAGGUGCUACGGGUAAGUUCUGGGCCCAUGAACAUUGGGGACUUGAUUCUCCACCUGAUAUGGUGACUUUCUCCAAGAAGGCACAAACUGCUGGGUACUAUUUUGGCAACAGCCUGUUAAGGCCAAAUAUGCCUUAUAGGCAGUUUAACACCUGGAUGGGAGAUCCAGUUAGAGCGAUUCUCUUCCGCGGCAUUAUUGAGGAGAUUCAGAGGUUGGAUCUGGUCAAGAAUACAGCCGAGACAGGUGCCCAUCUAUACUCAGGCCUCAAAGAACUCGCCUCCAGGUACCCAGACAAAAUCCAAAAUCUUAGAGGGAAGGAUCGCGGAACCUUCAUCGCCUGGGAUACCCCUGGUAGAGAUGCUUUCUUGAAAAAGAUGAAAACAGUUGGCGUCAAUAUCGGCGGGUCUGGAGAGUCAGCUGUGAGGCUGAGACCUAUGCUGGUCUUCCAAAAGCAUCAUGCCAAUAUGCUUCUCGAGAGGAUUGAACAAGCUUAUAAAGCUUGA